CGUUUUGCGUGACGUGGCUUGUUGGCUUGGCCUUCUCUCCUCUCUUUUUCUCUUCCUGCUUUCCCUUUCUCUCUCUAAAACUUCAAUGUGCCAAAACACAUCUGUUGAGAGAGAAAACUGAAUGCUAUCAUUUUGCAAGCAUAAACUAGCUGUCCAAAUCUCAAUUUCGCCUCCAAAACUCGGAAUUUACAUUUUUCCAGCCUAUUGAAUCUUGUUAUAUUGCUCGACCAUCAUUGGGCGGAGUAUCAAGAGUCGUUCCCGAACAUAUCAUGGGAAACAGUGAAGAAGGGAAGGGUACCAAGCUGGAAAAAUCAACUCCACCUGCAGUGGAUCAGAAUAACAUGCAUAUGUAUCCUGACUGGGCAGCAAUGCAGGCUUACUAUGGUCCCCGAUUUGCUGUCCCACCAUAUAUGAACUCGGCUGUAGCUUCUCCACAUGCACCACCCCCCUAUAUGUGGGGCCCACCACAGUCGAUGAUCCCUCCUUAUGGAGCACCAUAUGCUGCUUUCUAUACUCAUGGAGGAGUUUACCCACAUCCCGGAGUUCCUAUGGCUGGUACUGCUAUGAGCUUGGAAACGCCAGCCAAGUCAUCAGGGAAUACAGAUGGAGUCGUCGUGAAGAAAUUGAAAGAAUUUGAUGGGCUUGCUAUAUCAAUAUGCAAUGAAAAUGGUGAUGGUACUGAAAAUGGAACUGAGCAAAGACAGUCAACAGACAGCGAUGAGACUGGUGGUUCCAGUGAUGGAAGUAUUGGAGUUGCACCCGGCCGGGCUAAUCAGAAUGGAAAGAAGAGAAAUGGACAAGGAUCUCUGAAGCAAGAAGAUGGGAAGGCUCCUGAAAGCAGUUUAGCUCCUCGUGUCGAUGUUAGCCAAGCUUCUGGGAAGAUGAUGAAUGUGAUUCCUCCUGCUAAUAAGCCAGUGAAAGCUAUGAACGUCGCAUUGGAAGUUAAGGAACCUUCCCUAAGUGCAAUUUCUAGCCCAGCUAGCGUUCCACUCCACUCGAUUCCAAAUGAAAACUGGAUGCAGAAUGAAAGAGAGUUGAAAAGAGAGAGGAGGAAACAGUCCAACCGGGAAUCAGCAAGACGAUCAAGACUGAGGAAACAGGCUGAGACUGAAGAACUAGCUGUCAAAGUUCAAGCACUAACUUCUGAGAACAUGAGCCUCAAAUCCAGGAUACAUAAACUAAUGGAAAGCUCUGGGAAACUAAAGCUUGAAAAUGCUGCACUAAUAGAGAAACUAAAAGAAACUCAAUUAGGUCAGAGAGAAGAGGCAAAUCUCCACAAUAUUGAUGAUCUGAGGCUGAAACCAGUGAGUACUGUGAACCUACUUGCCAGAGUUAACAAGUCGGAUUCAUCUGACAAUAGAAAUGAAGACAGUAGCGAUUCAUACGACAACAGUAGCCGUCAUGGAACUAAACUCCAUCAGCUUCUUGACAGUAGUCCCAGGACUGAUGCUGUUGUUGCCGGUUGACGCUCCAACUCAGCUUGUCAUGGAGCUAAACUCCGUCAGCUUCUUGACAGUAGUCCCAGGACUGAUGCUAUUGUUGCCGGUUGAAGCUCCAACUCAGCUUCCAUCCGGUAACCUUUCGCAUAAUACGUCGAAAACUACCUCUAACAACAGUAAUAGAGUGUGGCAAGUAAUGGUAAAAGAGCCCCACAAGUGUAGUUUCAUUGCAACUGAUUAUCUCAGCUAAGCCUGGAAUAUGUUUUAAAUGUUCAGAUUGCUGAGAAGCUACGUAAUAUUAGUCGAUGCUGAGCGUCGUCUUACUUCUAGAAGGAAAAGAAGUGCAUUUCUAUAGGGUGUGAGAGUUAUUCUGAUAGUUGAUAGGGAAUAAUGCGUUUGAUAUUUAGAGAUGAUUGCAAUAAUUUGAGGCCCUUCGACUGAGUGACGGAGAUAAUUUGUAAAUGUUGUUGCCAAGAAAUACAUAUAUUUUAAUUUAACUAACUCGAAUAUUUUUUAUCA